GUGGCGGGGCAGGGCAUGGCGCCGCCCCGCGCCCCGCAGCUCCACCAGGCAGCACCAACAAAGGCACGCGGGGUUGCUGCCAGGGGGCCGCGGCGCCCCCACCAGGCACUGGCGGGGGCGGGGCGCCGCGGCGGGGCGGGGGUGACGGGAGGCGUGCGGGGCAGGCCAGGGCUACGCGGGGCGCCUCCUCCCCGGGGGUGUUAUCUCCCCGGGGAUGCUGCGGGUCCGGGGCGGGGGAGGGUGACAGCCGGGACUGGUGACGGGGCUGGUGCUGAGGAAUGGGCAGCCGCCUCCUGCCUGGUAUGGUUGGCGGAACGAACGUGUCAGUUGAAAACACCUCAUGAGGGCAACGACAUCUCAACAGACCUGGGGAUGCUCUGGUACGGAGUGACAGGUGUGUCGUUCAACCCAGCGGACCCGGCCGACGUGAUGCUGAACUCUGGCACGGCCGCCCCCCUGUUGUCCGACCACCCACGGCCCCUCGUGCCCACCCCUGUGCCCUACACGGAGCCCUCGGCCACGCAUCACACACAGAUGCUGUACGACCCAACCACCGGGGACUACGUGAGUCAGCCAGAGUACAUGUACGAGAGCUACGAUGCGUACGACGAGGAUUCCUCCAGCAGCCAGGUCAUGCACCAGCAGGGAACGCCGCCCAUCACCGAGCCGGGCAUGGUGGAGCACUCUGAGGACUCGCCGCCACCCAUGCCCAAGUCCAAGAAGCCAAAGGUUCACCACCACCCAGCACUAAAGUUGAAAACGCCAAUUGCUUACCAGAAAGACACCGACCUCAGUGCUAUCCCCAUCAUGCGGGAAGGAAUGGCUGUGUGUGAGAAGUGCGGAGCCAUCGGGGUCAAGCAUGCGUUCUAUGGGAAGGAGAGGAAGUUCUGUAGCUUGUCUUGUGCCCGGGGUCCCCUGCCUCCACCCCAGCCUAUCAGUGAGGCUCGGCAAGGAGAGAGAGAGUUCAUGGAAGAUACGAGCAAGGAGAUGAUACCUGUGCCUGAGCAACUUGUAAACCAGACUCCCGAUGUGCCUCCCAAGGACAUACUCUCAACAAGUGGCUCCACCCUCACCAAGCCCAGCCAGAUAGUGCAGCCCCAGCCAACCCUGCCCCCGCCCCCACCACCGAUGCCCCAGGAGACCUUGUCCUCACCCACUUACCUUCCCCCGCCCGAGUCCACGGUGGAUCUGGAGGGAACCUUUUCCUGGGCCUCUUCCUACCUGGAUGAGGAAGGCUUCAAGGCAGUUCCUGUUAGCUGUUUUAAGCAUGCUCCCAUGGCUGAGUGUUGGGACCAGAUGAGCGCCGGGAUGAAGGUGGAGGUGGCGUGCGGGGACGAGGGAGUGGCUAAGGAUGCCUAUUGGGUGGCCACAGUCAUUGCCAUAUCAGGGUUCAAGGCCAAGCUACGUUUCGAGGGGUUUGUUGAGGACAGCUCCAAAGACUUCUGGGUGGACCUGUGCUCUGAGGAGGUGCAUCCCGUGGGUUGGUGCGCCACGCAGGGCCGGCCGCUCAUCCCCCCGCGCAGCAUCCAGCACAAGUACCGCGACUGGAAGGAGUUUCUCAUGCGGCGACUCACAGGUGCUCGGACGCUGCCCACCAAUUUUGUAUCCAGGGUCGUGGAGAGUCAGAAGUCACGGUUUAGGCCUGGGCUCAACGUGGAAGUCGUGGACAAGAACCGCAUUGCACAAAUGAGAGUGGCCACAGUGACGGAGGUGGUGGGGAAGCGGCUGCAUCUCAAGUAUCACGGGGCGCCUCCUGAUGACAAUGGUUUCUGGUGUCACGAGGAUGCCCCAAUCAUCCACCCAGUCGGCUGGUCGCGAGAGGUCGGACAUGAGAUCGUAGCGAGCCAAUCCUACCACGAGAAGUGUAUACGAGGGACUUACGACCCCAAUGACGCGCCUCCUGAGCUGUUUGCCACCACCCCCCUGCCCGCCUACCUCCGCAACGCCAAGACAACCUUCGUAGAGGGCAUGAAGCUGGAGGCAAUCGACCCCCUCAACCUGUCUGCCAUCUGUGUAGCAACGAUAAUGAAAGUCCUACACAACAACUACCUCAUGAUAAGGAUAGACAGCUAUGAGUCGGACAACACUUGUUCGGACUGGUUCUGCUACCACGCCACCUCACCCUGCAUCUUCCCGGCCGGCUUCUGCGAGAUGCACAAUAUAACCCUCACGCCCCCACGAGGCUACGAGGGACAGUUCUCCUGGUUCACUUACCUCAAGAAGACUCGGGCCACUGCUGCGCCACCUUCUCUUUUCAAUAGGGAGGUGACCAGCCAUGGCUUUGAGGAAGGAAUGGCACUCGAGUCUGCCGAUUUAAUGGACCCAAGACUAGUGUGCGUGGCCACUGUGAAGCAGGUGAAAGGAAGACUUCUGAAAGUGCACUUCGACGGCUGGGAGAGUGAUUUUGACCAGUGGAUUGACUACCAGUCCCCUGACAUCUACCCUGUUGGCUGGUGUGACAUGUCUGGCUACAGGCUGGAGGGACCAAAGUCUGAAGUCAUGGCACCACUAGUCACAAAGAGGAAACCAAAAGGGGGGUGGAAGUACGGCAAACCAGGGAGACGAGGACGCCCACUGGGGAGCAAGAAGCUGGGCAAGGGAAGCAUGAACACCCACGGCUCGACGGGCAUGAAGCGGAGAGGCCGGCCACCCAAGGAAAAGGGCUCGGAGGGAGGCUACAUAGACUCACCGACAGGCCAUGGAAAGGCGAUAGAAAAUGAGAAUCCAGAGUAUUUAGCUGGCGACGAGGAGUGUUCAUCGGGCCCCAGAGUGCACAGGAGCCACAACAAGAAGGACGCAAGACGAUCACCGAGAGCCACUGGUGUCCUCUCCUCCGCCAGCAAUACCAAGACGCUGCCCCUGAGAUCUACGCGGGCCAGGACCCUCACCGGCACCUACACACAGUCAGACGAGGAGGACAUGUCAGACGAGACCUCAUCAGGCGUCGCUUCCUUAGACGGAAACGAGAGUUCUGGAGAGGCCUGGGAUGUGGAAGAACAGUCCUGCAACCCCACAUCCACGGCCUCCUCCACCCCCUCCACUCUACCUGACGCCUCACACACCGCCCUCAUGCCCUCUGCCGUAACCGAGAGCAAAAUAGGUGACUUCACCAAUCAGUUUGACCAGCAGCCCCUCAUGGAGAGCACCAACAGCAGCCCAGCCAUGGUGAACGUACACAGCAGAGUGGAGCCUUCAAACACCAGCAAGAGUAUGUGUUCUAAGAGUAUUCAGCAGGAAGAGUCGGCUGGUCCACACUUUGUUUAUGAACCAUCUAGUGUACAGGGGUCAGCAGCACAAGCCACCUCCUUCACCUCCACUAUAAGAGCCAGUACCUCAGGAAACCCUACAGAGACCAUGAAGCCUCAAGUGUCAGGGCAGCUUACACCCCUGAAGAACACCACUCAGCCUAGUAAAGGAACCUCGCAGUCACCUAUCAUAUCCUCAACAGUCACCAGCCAAGUCUCAAGCACCCCACAGGCUUCGGUUGGGGCAGGAACGCAGAGUGAGAGUGAGGACAAGUGCUAUAUCCCAAGGCUCAUCGAUGGCCCGGUCAAGGAUGGGUCUAAAGUUCAGCCCAAGUUGUGGAGUCCGCACGACGUGGCGCAGUUCCUCAAGACCAAUGACUGUGGGGCGUACUGUGACAACUUUGUAUCACAGAACAUCCACGGCACCAAGCUGUUGACGCUGAGCCAGAACGAGGUGAUGGGCCUGACAGGGAUGAAGGUCGGGCCAUCCCUCAAAAUCCACGACCUGGUGCAGCAGCUUCUGGCCCUGGUGAACCCCGCCCAGGCACGCUACCAGGCGACACUCCUCAAGAGGGGGCUGUCCUUCACUUAGGGUCGGGGCACACACUGGCCCUUCCGUGCUGGCAGUGUGAGUAGUGAUGGAACACAUUGACGUUAUCGGUUCGGUGGGAGAGACGAGUCACUUGUUUAAUAUUAAUGAUACGUCAGUGUAGUGUAAGAAAUGGGAUGAGUAAUAUGCAUGUGUAGAUUAUAUUUCCAGUGGCAAUAUGGACAAAGGGAAUUAUUGUCAGCUGAUGCAUAUAACUUAACUGUAAUAAUUGCUCCAGAAAAGUGUACAUAUAGAUAUUAUUUUUGGAUUACAGCAAAAUUUCUUACAAGGCAUUAUUACCAGUUUCUUUCUUGGGUCCUGCUACCGUGUAAGGGACAGUCGCGAGCCUCAAACACAAAGCAACACAGUCCAAACCGCAUCUCUUCAUAGUAAGAUAUUUUUCCAGACACUAAACUAAAUACCUGGGGCAUUAUUUUGUUACCCACGUGAGCUACAUAACUUAAGUUCAUCCUAUCAACUCCGGUUUUCAGUUGGCCGUCACAGAUAGCAGAUGAGGCACCUCGAGCCCAGUGUUGUGUAAAUAACUAAACAUAGGUCUUUUAUAGUGUAAGAAUAAGCAACUGGUGUAUAUAAUGUAUUUGUAUGAUGUGCAUAAAUGUUAAGGUAAAACUAGAAGACUCACGGCCUACUCAAAAAUGGCCGAGAUUUGUAGAACAUUUGCUGCAUGUAGGCUGACAUGGUUACUAGUUUGGCUUGGAAUCAGCAAAUAGGAGAUAUCAAACUGGUAGUGGAUAGCUUACCUCCCCGGCUGUAAGUUCUUUCGGUUAUGUCGUGCCCUCUCCUCGAAUACGUAAUCUCAUUCUCAGGGUCUCAGAGGGAUGUCUCCACAAAGCCAGUUUCGUAGUUUUGUUCCAAUGUUUUAAUCUUGGGUGAGGUCUUGAACACACAGGCCAGGAAAUAAAGAAGAGGGAGAGAGAAAGGAUUCGUUGGGUUUUCCUGCGUUUGAAAGGUUAAGAGUUGCACACACAUAUUAACUUCUGUCAGAUGAUUGGGUUUUACGUUUCCAGUGGCGGUUUAUUUACUUUCAUCGUCUUCAGUGAACGAGCUAUGCAAUGUUUUACUGUUUCAGUUGUACCAGUUCUCGGAGAAAGUGAGAUGCUUGAGUUUUGCUGGAGAGAAGCUUAAGGAAGAGUUGCAGUGCUGUCUCCUGUUUAUGCUCAAACCAGUAGAUUUUAAUUUCUUUGCUCAUGUAAGAUUUGUAUGAAUUUUGAUUGGCGUAUGUUUGCAAGCCUCUUCUGAAAAUAUUGCUUUGAGAAACAUCAAGUCUGGGUGACAGUUUCCCCCUUGAACUAUUCUCAAAUUUCAGUAUUUAUUUUCGUUUAUAUUAGCAAGCUGCAGUUAUGUUGAUUUAAUUUUUAUUUCAUUUAUCAUUUUCUGUUACUUUUAUCUCAUCUCCAGGUGUAUCACCAACCAUCUGCCUGAUGAUUUCUUGCUGUUUUCAAUAUGUCCCAGUUAUAUGUGAUUCUAUUCAAAUUUCAGGCAUUUUUUAAUAUGUAAGGUGAUGCAAACUUGCCUGUGAGUGUUUAUAUGAAUGUACGCAAACGUGGUGUGCCCUUCUGCACACUGUACAUCGCAUUGAUAACUUGUACCAUGGAAGGGACACCAGUUACUAGUGCAAUGCCUGCUGGACAACCUAACAGCAGCACUCCACUCAAUACUGUAUCAGCUUGUGGAGUGCUGAGCCAGUAGUGUAUCUUUGCUUGGGCAGACUUGAAGUUCAAAUUUAAACAUGCAUUGCUGCUUCUACCCUUCAGUGUUGUAAUGAAGAGGAGGUUGGAAUUUACAUAGAGUCACUUCUAUAUAGUAGUUCAACAGAUUUUUGCAGACUGCUAAAAUUAAAAGGAUUGCAAUUCAUUUUUCAAACUACAUCUCAACUCACAAUUCAGCCGUAAAAAUUGUAAGUAAUUCCCCAUAAAGUUAAAUGAAUGAGGUCAGUUCUAGGAGGUUUUCAGUGUUGGCUUGGUCCCAGACUGACGGGUGGCAGAUGUAACAGUAAGUAUUCAUCAGUGAACUGGCGUACACUCAUUUUCAUAGCCCUUUUAUGUACCAAAUCUUUCAAAUUCAUAAUAUAAGCAUGAAGUAGAGAUGUGAAAAGAUACACAGAGCUCUCAGACACAGAGGAACAAUUUUUUCAAGAGUAACCAUUCAAAACUGUUUGCUGCCAUGGCGGUCUUUGGGUUUUGCUUCAUCUCGCCCGUGAGUCAUCUUAGGGAUUUGCAGUUUGAGUUUUUUACUGUAUGUACUCUAGUUGAUAAGAAUACCUUACAAUACGGGGGAAAGAGUGGAGGUUGAGAGUGAUAACCUAAAAUUUAAAUAACUUGACCACUUCCACCGCAGUGAGUUGAAGAAAUCGCUUGACUUCAUUUCCUCAUUGGUUCUGGGUAACUUAAUGGCCUCUGCAUGGGUAUUUAUUGAGUCCAUUUUUCACCUACACUUAUUUAUGAACUUCUGGGUUUUGAUGUCUCCUAGUUUUGUACGUGGUGAGGGAUGUGCGAUGUGUAUGCCUUCCAUCCAACAUAGUUCCUCAUUGAUCAUCCUCCCGACACAAAGUGAUACAUACGGAAAUGUUUUUCAAUUGUACUUCAGCAAAAUAAAAUGUACAGAGAUGAACCAUACAUUCCUGGCCACUAAUCAGUUGAUGCAUAUUCUGAUCGCUCGAAACCUUGAAGCGAAUGUGUAGCACCUUUGUUUGUUGUUUGUUAUUCAUCUUAUUUGUUGUAAGUUAGUGGUAUGCAUUCAUUGGUCUGUAGGAGAGCACCUCAAAGAGUGCAGCAGGGCUUAUAUAUGUUAUUUCUGGAGAAGUGUGUAAUAUAGUCAGGAUGCAGAGAUUGAAGUGAGGCGUCAAUAAUUGCUGCCAUCAAAAGUGAAUGGGAUAUUACGUACACUGUCUGGGAAAGAAAUCACUCAAGGGCCCUAGUGGUCAAUGCACACCAUCACUAUACUGGCAUUGUUCAAGAGACUCGUCAUCAGUACUUGACACUGACAAAGGUUUUAUCCCUGUAUCUACUAUCCAAUCCAGACACAUACAGACAUAUCAAGUGGUCCUGUUUGUCCCCUGUCAUUAAAUACUAUAUAGUUAGCUAAGCAUGCAUCAUCAUAUCCAAUCAAUCAAGCUCACAUUCAUAUACCAACAAAGCAGCUGUCUUUUGCCCCACGAGUCUAACAGCUUAGGCUUUCAUGUGCUUAUUUAUUUUCAUUUCUAAUCACAUUACACUCACCCAGUUUCCAGAAUGAAGCACACACUUGUUUCCACAUAAUUCACUCCCUUGCCUAGCUUCAUGACUUUAACUGAGAUCUGGAGAAGCAGUUUACAUAGGAUCUCAUGCAGUCUUUUAUCCUUCUACCAUUGACGUGCAAGAAACCACAGCUAUCGAGAAUAAUUAAAUAUCCUGAAGAGUGGAACUAAAGCGUGUUAUCAUAGAUUAGCCAAGAGGGACAGCAUUUCUUUUCCAGACAGUGUACUAUAUAUAUGAAAGAAGACUAGUGAGGGUUUAACAUAAGCCCCAUAACUAGUUCAUUAAUAUAAGUAAGAAUCCCAACAGCAGAUUGAUUAGCUAUAUUCAUUAUGGUACGAAACCCCAGUCCCAGUGAGGUCCUGAUGGCAGUUGUUUAGUAAGGCUGCAGAGAUGUUUAGAAUGCAUUACUAGAGGGAAGAUCAUGCAUGGUGAGUCAGGGCUUGCUGGUAAAUGUUCCUUGUGGUAACGGUUCAUGGUCACAGAAUUCAGAGCAGUUUUCUUUUACUGUGUUUCGUAUAUGCACUGUAAAUUCAGAAGUACGGCAUAUUUGUAAAGAGUAAGAGUACGUGACUUGCUUUUCUAGACUGUGCCCAUACUCACCAAGCCAAUUAGUACACGGUUCAUGGUCACAGAAUUCAGAUCAGUUUUCUUUUACUAUGUUUCGUACUUGCACUGUAAAUUCAAAAGUACGGCAUAUUUGUAAAGAGUAAAAGUACGUGGCUUGCUUUUCUAGACUAUGCUCGUACUCACCAAGCCAAUUAGUACACGGUUCAUGGCCACAGAAUUCAGAGCAGUUUUAUUUUACUGUGUUUCGUACGUUCAGUGUAAAUUCAGAAGUACGGCAUAAUAUCUGUAAAGAGUAAAAGUACGUGGCUUGCUUUUCUAGACUAUGCUCGUACUCACUAAGCCAAUUAUUACAUGGUUCAUGGCCACAGAAUUCAGAGCAGUUUCAUUUUAUUAUGUUUCUUACGUGCGAUGUAAAUUCAGAAGUACGGCAUAAUGUAAAGAGUAAGAGUACGUGGCUUGCUUUCCUAGACUAUGCUUGUACUUACCAAGUCAAUUAGUACACGGUUCAUGGCCACAGAAUUCAGAGCCGUUUCAUUUUACUGUGUUUCGUACGUUCAAUGUAAAUUCAGAAGUACGGCAUAUCUGUAAAGAGUAAGAGUACGUGGCUUACUUUUCUAGACUAUGCUCAUACUCACCAAGCCAGUCAGUACGCACAUCAGGGAAAAAAUAAGCUCGAAAAAUUGAUCUCGGGUAUGACUAAAGAAUAUCUCAUCGCAUUAGUUUGACCGUACCAAUUCACUCAUUCCUCAGCUCAAUUCCUGCAUUUUUUUUCCCUCCUGAUGUGAUUACUGAUACAAACUGUGUGGACUCCUUGGCAAGCAUAACCUAACUAUAUAAUUUCUUACGCAAGGGGCAGCAGCUGUGAUCACCAGGCUCUAUGUGGCAAUAAGACCAAUGUAUGUGUACCCAAAGUGUUAAUUCCCUCCAGAUAAUGAUGACUGCUCUGAGUAUACGCAAAUAAGUGAUAUUUGGAAGUGCAUAUCAUUGGGGGAAGCAGAAGUGAAGAGCUGUUGGUUCAGUGAUGGUUAUGUGUUUAUUGAGAUGUAUAGUGUAAAAGGAGUGACCUGCCUUUCUUAUAGUCUUGAGUGUGUGUUUGAUAGCGAUUAUCACUUCAUGUUCAGCAGACAGACAAAUCAUGCAACUUUGGGCCUUCGAAUCACCCGCUUUAAGGUCGCUUUUUCCAUAACUUGCCCCACCACACAACACAGCAAGAAUUUUGCCUCCAAAAACUGCAUACCGCCUUACUUGGUUUGGUCACGCCUUUUACACUAAGCGCCUUAUAUUAUGUUUUGCAGUGAGCAGUUUUUGGCCCAUGCUAUUCAUUGACCAGCUUGAGUUCUGCCUCUUGAAGCGUUCGUAUCAGAAUACCAUGUUGAAAGUGCCUUUUUAGUGAAGGACUUGGUUUUGUAAUAUUUUCUACAAGGCUUCUAUUAUUGAUUACGACCUCCAAUCUCUCUCUACCUGUAUGUGGCUGUGUUUUAUAUUGUUUUGAUUUUACGUUCAACCCAGUGUGUUCAAGUGGACUGCUAACUGCCAUAAACUUUUAGUGAUAAGGAGGCUCUGUUGUGUACUCAUUACCAUUGCAUGCAUACAGUGUUGUACUAAGAAAUAUCAUUUAUAUAGUAAAUCUGAAA